AUUUUGUCUUAGCUAAAUACCGGAAAUAACGGCGCUAACGGAUUUUAGUAUUACUAACAAGCAUGGCGGCCUGGGUGACAUUCAUUACAAAAUUUAGAAAUUGCUUACAAAGUUUGAAGAUCACAAUCGAUAAUAUAGCUUUACACAAUCAACAGACCGGUUUGCCAGCCUUAUGCUACAAUGAAGUUGGAACACAAAGGCAACCAGGAUCUUCCUCAGAAUCUAUUCUAGCAGAAAUAUUUGGACCCAUUCUUAAAGCUGUUCCUAGGAAUAGAAGAUCUCUUGAAAAAAGAAAAUUGAGAAAGAUGCAACUACCAGUAAUGAGUACAGCAAGACCCAAGAAGAAUAUUGUGAUAUGUUUAAACUGCGGACAUCCCCAUGAAAGAGAGACAAUCUGUGGUAAUUGCUACGGGAAAGUGAGAGAAGAGACGGCAGCAAUGAGAGAAGCUAUGGGAGAAGAUAAGUACUAUUAUGAUCAUCCGAGACAAGAGGUUGCAUAUCUGUACAAGGGCGAGGAGGGAAUGAAAGAUCUCCCUAUGUAUAAAGGCAGAUAUCUCGUAGAAAUACCAAGAAAAAGACCAAACUGGUUUAAUCUAGACUUGCUAAAAAAGGUGAAAGGAGAAACGUGAUAGAAAUUUCAAGUUUAACAAAGGUUUUCCUUUUUAAAAAUUGAAAAGCUUGUGAGUGUGUUACACAUAAGUCAACUCGGGCAACUUGAAUGGAUGGAAUAGUUGAUCCUCUGUACAAAUUAUUAUGCAAGUGUUUUUUGAAGUUCAGCUGUUAUAUUGUGACAUUUAUUUGGCAUUUAGAAAUUGAGAGAAAAAAUGUAUAAAAGGCAUUUUAAAAAAGCAGAAAAAUCA